UAAUUGCAUUAUUAUUCAUAAAUCUAUGUUUACAAUUGUCCGAAACAAAAUGGCCGACCAUGAGAAAAUACAAAGUUUUGUGAAAAUAUCUUUGAUAUUUCAAGUAUGCGGUUUCCUUAUUCUUGUGAUAGGAUUAUCGACUCCAUAUUGGAGAGCUAUACAUUUUGAAUAUGUUGCAGAGUCGAGGAACGAAGUUGGUUUACUGAUACAAGGAUUUGAUGAAGGACUCUGGAGACGAUGUAUCAAUAGUAUUUGUGCAGAUAUUGACUUGGCGGGAAGAGAUUGGAUGCAAGCAGUGAGAUUUUUCGCCUGCCUUGGUGUUUUGUCAUCCUUUAUAGCGACCGUAUCACUCACAUUGUUUAUGCUUAUAGAGAAACUAUCAGCGAAUAAAUAUCUAUAUCUGACCUCGGCAAUAGCCUCGUUUAUUGUUACUGGAAGUACAUUUCUCUCUAUUAUGAUAUAUGGUGCCAUAAUAAAAGAGGGAUUAGCAUGGUCGUUUGUUAUGGUGACAGUUAGUGGUGCAGUACAUGUCGUUUCCGGUUUACUUCUAUUGAUUGCAUUUAUUACAGGAAGAAAGGACAUUUGAAGAAUCGAGUGUUUCUAAGAGAGAGACAAUAAUUUGGAACUCUGAAAACGUGGAGGGUACCUGGAAUAUUUUCAGCGGUGACAUGUGAUAUAAAGAAAUUAUAAUAAUGGCAACUUAGUAAACUGUGAUAUAAAUUACAUUAUCAAUUAAAAUAUAUCGAAUUAUGA